AUGAACUGUAGUCCUGGUGAGGAUGAAAAACGGAUUUUAUUGGUAAUCUUGAGAGGUAGAGAGGUCAUACGUAUGCAUGAUGCUACUGAGACUCAGAACAGGCCAUAUCUAAACUCUCUCUUCUGCAGAGAUGUCCCUGGUGCCAAGAUCCAUAUCUUUGACCUGGACCAGAAGAAGGUGAAAGUGUAUGAGUUCCUGCUAUGUGGCCUCGAUGUGGCCUCAGAUAACUAUGAGCAGGUCUCCUCCACAGCCCUGGAGCCGGCCUGUAUUUCACCUGUCAACAAGUACAUGGUGAAAAGCUAUGGCAAAGAUGGUUUUCACAUCCAAGUGCGGCUGCACCCCUUCCACGUCUUCUGGAUCAGCAAAAUGGUGUCCCAUGCUGGGGCUGAUGGGCUCGACAGGUAUGUGUGGUGCCUUGGGAAGGCUCUGGGGCCCAGCGGCCAGGGUCCACAUUGGCCAAAUAAUCAUGUCCAUCUGUACCUAGCUACAGAACAAGGAGCAUUGAGGCUCUACUCAGGGCCAAGCUCAAGCUCCCUGACUGCCAUAAGACCUGUACUUCCAAGAAGUGGGGUCUUACUAAGUUUAUAUUGGACAAAUUUGCACAAAUAG